UUUUGUGUGAGACUCUUUAAUUCCACCAAAGUGAAGUGCUAAAAAAAGGAAAAAAAUUCUUUUCCUUUUCUUUUCUUUCACUUUCCCUACCAAAAAAAAAAAAAAAAACCAUCAAAGCUUCUCAAACCUGAGAGAGGAAGCAGAUGCAUCCAGCACCGGCAGGAAGCAGCAACACUAGUGGCGGUGGAUGUGGCGGUGGCGGAGGAGGAGGUGGUGGUGGUGGUGGUGGGCUUCCUAGGCUCCGUUCAGCACCAGCCACAUGGUUACUAGCACUUCUUGAAGAAGAAGAAGAGGACCCGUUAAAGCAAAAUCAGAACUUGACUCAGCUACUCACUUCAAACGCACCUUCAAGUAGAAAUUCAGCGCCCUUCAAUGCUUCCAGUGCUGCUGUGGAACCGGGUUUGUAUGAAACGGGUAGUGGUUUUCAAAGGCAAAACAGCUCCCCAGCUGAUUUUCUAGGGAAUUCUGGUAUUGGAAGUGAUCAGGGGUAUUUUUCGAACUAUGGAAUUGCUUCAAAUUAUGAGUAUAUGCCGCCAAAUAUGGAGGUUUCACCUUCUGCUAAAAGGGCUAGAGAGCUUGAGUUGCAAAACCCUCCUGCUAGAUAUCCACCUCCUUUGAAAGGAGCGCAAACUGGAUCUCUAAGGGCUUCUAGUUUAAUAGAAAUGGAGAUGGACAAGCUUUUGGAGGAAUCAGUGCCUUGCAAGAUUCGUGCCAAGCGUGGCUGUGCUACACAUCCUCGGAGCAUUGCGGAGAGAGUUCGGAGAACUAGAAUUAGUGACCGGAUAAGGAAACUUCAAGAACUUGUUCCGAAUAUGGAUAAGCAAACAAACACUGCAGAUAUGCUGGAGGAGGCAGUAGACUAUGUCAAGUUUCUUCAAAGGCAGAUUCAGGAACUCACGGAACAGCAAAGAAAAUGCAAAUGCAUGGCUAAAGAAUAACAAGGAAGUAUUGCCUGCCCACUGUUUUAUGUAAUUAUCAGAUUAAUGAGACUUCAUUGAAGGUCCAUCAUAGUAUUCUGCUGAUAAAUCUUCUCUGGAAUCUCCAUCCUGUAAUUAAAAGAUUACUACCGCUUGUAUCAUCACACCUUUAUCCUGUAUGUAGAUGAAAGCCUGCCAUGUGGGUAACAAAUCUAUAGAGUUCAUGUCAAGGCUUAGCCGCUUCAUGUAAGAAAGUUCUGGUCUCUGAGUUAAAGUUGGUAUUUUUAAACUCCUGUACACAAUAAUAUAUACUUUCAGGGCGUUCCUGAACCAGCAUAGAUAUUGUUUUACGGCUAUGUAUUCCAUUGAACUGUACUGAAUAAGCAGUUUGCAUCAAAGAAAAUCUUCGGUCAAA